GGUGCCAUCUCUCUAUCCCUUAUCUCUUUACUUUUCAUAUUCAUCUUGUAUGCGAUCUAAUAUUUCCGCUGUGUACUUUGUGUAUGAAUCUUGCAUAGUUAACAUAGGAAUUAAAAUUGAACACGUUGGACUUGAUCAUAAUUAUCUUAUUCUUAAUCAAAAGAAGUCAUAUUUUUCCAACAGCUUGUGCUGUUACCUAUCUUAUCUUCUUCCCGUUUAAUAGAUUACCCUUUUUCCCAUAUCUUGCACUGCACUUUCAAACUCCAUUUUUCUAUUUGAAGCUUAAUACAGGACCAUUUGAAGUUUGAUUACUUGAUCUCUAUUUGCUUCAACACUAGAAAACAUUGUUGGUCAAGUAUUUAUGAAGCUAAAUUUAAAUAUUGAAAAUUUGAAACAAGCCUUGGAUUAUACACCACUUUCUGGAUUUCAUGGAGUUAUAUCUGGCUUCUUGGUUAGCAUCAAACAAAUUAUACCAGAUCAAGAGAUUCCUUUCCUCAAGAUAAAAAUGAAGGUUUUACUAUGCCAGAGUGCUUUCCAGGAGAUACUUAAGCAAAUGAUGAACAAGCAGUCAUCUGAUGAUGCAUGUGUUACUUCUAGAGAACUUUUGGAAGAGAUUGUUGCCAAAGAAAGCGCAAGUCUCAUGAAGGACUCACGAAGGAAAAGAGAGGACAUAGGCAAAGGCUUAGUUCAUGAUCAAUAUCAACUAAGGGAUGCAAGGACUGGAAAAGUGAUGCAAAGGCUUAGAACUUGAUCAAUAUCAACUAAGGUGUUGCUUCUUUUGUUAUCUACCGAUUUGAAAAGUUGGAAAAGUGAUAUUUUGUUGAUCAAAUAUUUUGUUUAGGAAAAUGAUUAUUGUUCUUUAUGAAAUUAGAUGUGAAUUCAUUUUCCACCAAGAAUUUGAAUUCAGAUUUACGAGUUGUAGGAGUCUAACUCCUUCUGCUAAACCUAAUAUGUCAUUGUUAAUAACGCAAUUGUUAUUACUUUGAUUAUAUGAUUAAUAGAAGAUUAAAAGGAUUGCUAUAUAUUAUGUUCCCAACUUUGUACUACUCAAUUGCCAAUAAACAGGAUGCAGAACUUAUCA